AUGGGCCCCAUGAUUUACGGGCCGAGAACAUGCGCGGAUCUGUCGCCCGAUAGCGCGAUGAUAUGGGCGCGGCUCGCGGUUGCCCGAGCCUUUGAUACGUCCAUCGCUUGUCUGUCCAAACGAUUGUACGGACCGACCACUCGACGCGGACCCCUCACCCUAUUAACCGCAGCCUUCCUAGGCACGGAGCGAAAAGGCGCGCGGGACCCAAGAGGGGCCACGGUUGACUGGUCGCCUGGCAGGACGGAAAAACACGCCCGCGGGCCGUUUCUGCGCAAACUUCUUUCGUGGCGAAUUCCCCGCGGCCGCCGCCGCCUCGGAUUCCGCCCGUCGUUCGCUUUUUGCGGCCGCAUUAUGAAGAUAAUAAGCCGGCGCGACAUGCACAUGCCUCGGAUCGCACUUGCCUCGCCCGCCGCGGGAAUCCUGUCG